UGUAUCUCAUUUUCUCAAAGGAAAUAGAUUAAGUAGAAAGUCCACACAUUGAUUACUCACCACUUCUCUGGUCUCCCUUCAGGGUCUGCUGGCUCUGGAAGGAGAGUUGACUCCCAUCCUGGUCCAGAUGGUGAAGAGCGCCAACAUGAACGGUCUGCUGGACAGCGACAGCGACUCUCUGACCGACUGCCAACAGAAAGUGAAGGCCCGACUGCACGAGAUCAUGCAGAGGAGCCAGGAGUUCACAGAGGACGACUAUCUGAAGUUGGCGCCGACUAGCAGCCCGUCGCUGGUGAACUCGAUGAAGAUCAUACAGAAUCCGGUCAAAACCUGUGACAAAGUGUACGCCCUCAUCCAGAGCCUCAACUCACAGAUCCGCAAAAGACUGGAGGACCCCAAGUCUGCAGACCUGCAGCUGUACCACAGUGAGACGCUGGAGCUGAUGCUGCAGCGCUGGUCCAAACUGGAGAGAGACUUCCGAAUGAAGAACGGCCGCUACGACAUCAGUAAGAUCCCCGACAUCUACGACUGCAUCAAAUACGACUCGCAGCACAACGCCUCGCUGGGACUGGAGGACACGCUGGAGCUGUUCAGGCUGUCCCGCGCCCUGGCAGACAUCGUCAUCCCUCAGGUUAAUGAAGACCAAACUCAGCUCUGUAGCUCUCCUCAGGGUCUCUCAGGCCAUUUCAUUACAUCUAGCUGGUGCUUUUAUCAAUUUAGGAUUAGGCAAUCAUCAAUGAGGAAACAAACUCAAAAUGGCAAGAAUCAUGUAAUUAGCUCCAAAUAAGACAAACGAUUUCAAAAAGGUGUUUUUUUGUCCUCUCAUUGUUUUGAAUGUAUUUAUUGGCCAAGAUGUAUCUGAGACAGCUGGAGAGAUUUUA